UUCGGGAGUACAACAUCCUCCCCCACUUUCACUUUUCCACAAAGUCUUUUUGAUGUCUCGUCUGCUUUUCUGUUCUCUCGCUCUCUUGUUUUUACUCUUGUUCUUCCGCUUGUUUGCUGGUGGUGGGAGUGAAAGCUUUUUCGGUAGGUAGGCAAGUUUCCCCGUCUCUCUCUCUCUCUACUCUUCCUCUGCUUCUGUGGCGGAUAAACCGGCGGGUUUUUAGCAGAAACCCAGAGGAAAAGAAAAAACCUCAGGCAAUUCGAAGGGAGAUCUCGCUCCUUCUUGGAGCAAAAGAAAAUGUCGGUGGUUUUCAUUUGGGUUUGGUUUGUCAAGCACGGACGUUCUCUUCCACUGGGAAGUUUCAGCUCUCAGCUGAGUCUGACUUCCAGUUUCUUGAUUUUCAGCUGAGAAUGCAAAGUCUUGAUUUUUUUCUUUCUAUUUUCUUCUCUCUCUCUCUCUCUCUCUGGCCACUAAAAGCAAGAAGAUCCAGGGAGAGGGUUAUGGAGUAUUUUAUUUCUUUCGUCUCUUGGAGGCCCAGGAUAGAUGGAGGAGGGAGGUGACUAUCGGCGAUGGGACGAAUUAAUACCCGACGCUUUGGGAUUAAUCUUUAAGAAUCUGUCGCUUAAUGAGAUACUGACCGUGAUUCCUAGAGUGUGCAAAUCUUGGGGGAAGGCGGUGAUUGGACCUUAUUGCUGGCAAGAGAUAGACAUUGAGGAUUGGAGUAAGGAACGUUGCUUUCCCGGAGACGUAGAUCGUAUGCUCCGGAUGCUGAUCACGAGAAGUGCGGGAUCGCUUCGAAAGCUCAGUGUGUCAGGCACCGGUCUCCAUGAUGAUGAAAUUUUCUCAUUUAUCGCUGAUCAUGCUGGUUCGGUCCACACGUUGCGAUUGCCUCGUAGUGAAAUAACAGAUCCAAUAGUAGAAAGCAUAGCAGGAAGGCUUUCCACGCUGAGUUUUUUGGACCUAAGCUACUGCAACAGGAUUGGUGCUCAUGCCCUCGAAGCCAUUGGGAAGAACUGCAAAAUGCUUCUUGGUUUGUGCCGGAACAUGCAUCCAGUAGAUACCGCUGGCAAGUCCUCAUUGGAUGACGAGGCUCAUGCCAUCGCCUUGACCAUGUCCAAGCUCCGACGGCUCGAGAUGUCUUACCACCUCGUGAGCACCCAGAGCGUUCUCGAGAUAAUAUAUAGUUGUCCUGAGCUAGAAUUUCUAGAUUUACGGGGUUGCCACCAUGCGAAACUCGAUGAGAAGUUCCUCGAAGAAAGGUAUCCCAAAUUGAAGGUUCUGGGGCCUGAUGUUGUGGACCAGUACGAGAGGAAUGAGUGGGAGGAGUACUCUGAUUUUUCUGAUUUCUCCGAGUAUUUGGCAUGGGAAUUUGUGGCCGGAGAAGUUGGAGAUCACUAUGAUAAUGAGAGCUUGGAUGAGAUGUGGGACGAUGAAGGGAGGUUGGAAGACCUUGAGCUGAGGUUCUAUGAAGGAAUUGAAGAUGCAGGACUUUAUGGUUGGCCCCCAUCUCCUUGAUCUUAGGUUUAUAUGCAUGAACUCUUUUUCGUAUUUGCUGUUUCCUGCAUUAUCAAUAUGCACUUAGUACUGCUACAUGAUCCAUCUAAUGAUGUAUGUACAUGCUUCUGCAAACUGGUAUGUAUUUCCUUCUGGAAUGAAUAUGAAAUAGGAAUGAAUA